AUUAAAGAGCAUUAAAUGUACUCGUGUGCCUUUAUAGAAGCCUUUAUACCUGUCCCUAACUGCACUUAUUUGUAAUGUCCGCAUUUUACAGAUUGGCUAUUGAGGACUUGUAACCUGGCUGUUUGUUCUUUGACUUCGGGGAAAACAACACGACCAAGAUGGACUCUCUUGCAAACCCUCUUUAUGCCCGCCAUAUUCAGAAUAUGAGCGAAGCCAAAACUCUCGAGCACCACUGGGGCUACGCCGACCGAGCCCUUCCAUGUCCGAGAGACGUCAAAACCUGCGAGUAUCUUGAUCUUGUCUACUCCGGCCACGACAAUAGCAUCUUAUUCGUCGGUAUCUUCUGGGCUAUGGCUGCUGGUAUUCUCCUGCUAUGGGUCUUUGCUCGAAAGGUCUGGGCGUCUUCGAAAGCAGAUGAAUUCUUGGUUGUGGACAACGAGAAACUUGUUUCCUCGACAAGCAAUCGAAGCGUGAGGUUGAAGAAGACUGCGGCGGCGUUCUUGCGUUCAUAUCUUCUUCCUGACUCGGUGCGUGCCAUAUUCGGUCGCACAACGCGCUUCCAAGUCUUGCUACUAUCUAUCCUCGUGGUAUACCUGAUAAUCGCCAGCCUUGCAGGUCUUUACUACAGGAAAUGGGUCGUCGCUGUACCAGAUAUGCCCGGCGUGUACACCAUUAGAACAACGCUUGGUCCCUGGUCGAAUCGGGUUGGCGUUCUCGCCUAUGCACUUACACCAUGGAGCAUAAUGCUCGCCAGCCGUGAAUCAAUCUUGAGUCUUUUAACUGGCGUCCCGUAUCAGAGCUUCAACUUCCUACAUCGUUGGCUGGGGUAUAUCAUCUUAGCCCAGGCGCUACUUCACACAAUCGGCUGGAUUGUCAUUGAAACGAAGCUUUAUGCACCUCAGCCAAAGUCUGCCUUGCAACUUGUUACUGAGACGUAUAUGAUUUGGGGUAUCGUCGCGACACUGCUUAUCCUCCUUAUUUUCAUCUUGAGUCUGCCUUUUGUCAUUCGUCGAACAGGAUAUGAGUUCUUUCGAAAAGCUCAUUAUGUACUAGCGAUGGUGUAUAUCGGUGCUUGCUAUGCGCACUGGGACAAGCUCUCUUGCUUUCUUUACUUAUCUCUCAUUCUCUGGGCUCUUGACCGCGCAUUGCGGCUUAUCAGAAGUGCUUUGAUUCAUUAUCAGUUCAUUUCCGACGGCUCAAUGGGUUUCAAGCACAUCCAUUCCAGCAUGAAGUACUUCCCCGAUGCUAAGAACGGCGAUGUCUUGAGACUAGACUUUGAACACCCUCAGGAUCCUUGGAACAUCGGUGAACAUUUUUACCUAUGUUUCGCUAAAUGCAGCAUUUGGCAAUCUCAUCCGUUUACACCUUUAAGUCUCCCAGUUGUGGUGGAUGGAAUGGUCAGACACUCAUACAUUCUACGUGCCAAGUCGGGAGAGACGAGGAAACUUGCUGAUCUGGCUCGUCGAGAAUUGGCUGCAAAUAUUACAGCGACGACUCCUCUUAUACUUUCAGGGCCUUAUGGAGAGUCGAUUGCAAGAGACUUGACACCAGAAGUCAACGUGCUCUGUGUCGCGGGUGGUACAGGGAUCACCUACGUUCUGCCAGUCUUGCUGAACAUUGUACGGGAAUCAGUACUUGAGACACGGAAAGUUCAGUUAAUUUGGGCCGUCAGAAAGGAAUCCGAUAUGCAGUGGGUGCAAGAGGAGCUGCAGGCUAUUUGCAAAGCUAGUAAAACCCACAGUAUCGAAGUUCUCAUUUACAUCACACGCGAAUCAGAACCCUCAACAGCUUCGGAGAAUGAGAGGGAAAUCCCCAGCGGGACAAAGCUAGAAAAGGAAGAUAUUUCGCCGGUAUCGAUGUCCCUCAACUCUGACGACAUUACGGACAUACAGGGCAGCAGCAGCAUCACCAAGACCUACAACCGCCAGCCAGAAUUGAGAAGACUGGUUACUUCAUUCGUCGACAAUACGAUCAGGGGUCCAACUAAAGUCAUUGCAAGUGGCCCAGGAAGUAUGGUCAGUGACCUGAGAUCUGCCGUGGCUGCUUGUAACUCUGGAGUGCAUGUCUGGAGAGGGAACGAGAGAUUUGAUGUUUCUUUGGCGUGUGAUAAUAGAUUAGAAUACUAGUGUUGCUCAAUACGCAUAAGCACUUAUCAAUUGACACCAAGGAUAUUUGCUGUUUGAGAACAAGCUGUCUUAAUACGGGAAGAUUUCUUGCUGUCUAAAUGAGGAACACAAAGAUUACCAGGCAACUCCC